CCCAAAAAGGGUGAAAAGGAGAACCCAAAACCCCUAACCACACCAGCCACUCUUUCCCUGCCGGCCACCAUCCAUCAGUUUAGUUUGUAAAAACAGAAUAUUUCUAGGGCACCAAGUGGUUUAUUAGAUGGCUCGUUUUCGUAAUAAAAGGAAAGUGGCAUUUGUGAAACCAAUAAGGAAGCAACCACAGCAAAAUGUGGAUCAUGUUACUGGUGACAAGAUACCGAGGAGUUUUGUUUUUUCAAGGUUGAAGUUACCUGGUUCUCUUAAACAGUUACAAGCAGAUUUGAGAAAAAUGAUGCUUCCAUAUACGGCUCUAAACUUAAAGGAGAAGAAGCGUAAUAACCUUAAAGAUUUUUUGAAUGUUGCUGGGCCUAUGGGAGUUACACACUUUCUAAUGUUAUCAAAAGCAGGAAGUUCCCCAUAUCUGAGGGUUGCAAGAACACCACAGGGUCCAACCCUUACAUUCAAAAUCCACGAGUACUCAUUAGCUGUUGAUAUCGCUAACUCCCAGUUGCGCCCAAGAGUACCAAAAGAUCUAUUCAAAAAUUCUCCCCUGAUUGUGCUGUCUGGUUUUGGGCAUGAGAAGGAACAUUUGAAGCUGACAACCAUUAUGUUUAGGAACAUUUUCCCUGCCAUCGACCUUAACACGGUCAAACUUUCAUCAUGCCAGAGAAUCGUGUUACUUAAUUACAACAAAAAGACGAAGCUCAUUGAUUUUCGGCAUUAUUCUAUUAGAUUGCAGCCAGUUGGUGUUUCACGUAGAAUCAGAAAGUUCGUGCAAAACCAUGAAGUGCCCAAUCUGGGAAGUCUUCAAGAUGUGAGCGACUUUGUUACAAAGGCUGGUUAUGGAUCAGAAAGUGAAGGAGACGACGAAGCAGCAACCGUAAGCUUAGCAACUGAUCUUGGGAGAGUUAACAAGGCUUCCAGCAAAAGUGCAGUGAAGCUUCAAGAGAUUGGGCCCAGAAUGACUCUUCAGCUUAUCAAGAUUGAAGAUGGAUUAUGUGCAGGCAACGUAAUUUAUAGUGAAUAUGGGAAUAGUGGUGGGAAGAAAGAGGAAACUGAAAAUGAAGAGCCAGAUAUGGAGGGUGACUCAGAAGGUGAUGGUGAAGGCAAAGAAAGUCAGGAAGAGACCAUGGAAGACUAGCUUAGAACCAUUAUCUUGCAUUUUAUAUUCAGAUGUUAAAUUUAUCUAGGUAUGUUCAUCUACUGCUGAAGGCGUGGCAUUAUGUUCCAUUUUUGUGCAGACCUCGUUCUAGAUUCUAAACGGGUGGUGUAACGUGAGACACCCGGCGAGACCAGUUAUUUGAGUGUUUCUACUUUUCUUACAUAGCAAACUAAAAUUUAUUUUGUCAUACAGAGUAUCUCUUUAUCUCAGCUAUGUAAAAUACUAAAAUGUAUUUUUCUGCUGCUU